UUCAGAAACACAAGAGUACUCGCAGGAGAGAGCGAGAGCUUGCUGCAAAGCCAUGGCUGAAAUCGCGGGGAUUCUUGCGAGCGCCGUGGGGAGUCAAAUCGCUGGCAAACUUGGCGAACUAGCCACGGAGGAAGCCACUUUGCAGUGGCAGUUCAAAGAGGAUGUGGAGGACAUGGCGGAGAAGAUGAAAGAUCUGGAGGCCUUGCUACAUGAUGCGGACGAAAGGUCACGCCGAGGAGGAUCAGAUGGCCAAGUCGGACGAUGGCUCACGAAAUUCAAGUCCCUCGCCUAUGACGUUGAAGACGUCCUCGACGAGCUGGACAGUGCUGAUCUCAUCAAGGAGAGCCAAUCCAAGCUUAAGCAAUUCUUCUCCGGUAACAACCAACUUCUCCAGCGGAUGACCAUAGCCCACAAUAUGAAGAACAUAAGAGAGGAAACAGACAAGCUAGAAAAACUGGGACAUACACUCAAUCUUGUGCCUCAUGAAGCACAUGCAGAGAGGAGCAGAAGCAAUGGAUCUUCUGCAGCUAUCACUAAUGAAGGCGUGAAAACUGAAAUGGUAGGUAGGGAUACCGAAAAGGAAAAAAUAAUCAGCUUGCUAUUUAAAAAUGAAGGUAUUGAGGAUAUCUCUAUCAUUCCAAUUGUUGGGCCCGGCGGUCAAGGAAAGACAACAUUAGCUGAAUCAGUUAUUGCCGACAAGAGGGCCGGUGUCUUUGAUAUCCAAGCUUGGGUUCAUGUGUCUAAAGAGUUUGAUCUGCCCAGAAUUGGGAGGGCCAUCAUCAAAAGCAUAAAUAGCAGUGUUAACAUUGACAUUUGUAAUAUGCAUGUUAUACAAGAAAACCUGAUGAAGGAACUUGCUGGUAGAAGAUACUUGAUUGUUCUGGAUGAUCUCUGGGAAGAAGAUGGAAAGAAACUGGUGGAUUUACAGCAGAUGCUACAACAUGGCGGUAGUGGUAGCAGGAUUAUAGUAACCACACGAAACCAAAGAGUGGUGGACAAACUGCACACUGGUUUCCUUGAAAACCAAAGGAAAAUCUGCACCGUAGCUGAGUCUGACCAAAUCAAAUUGGGCAUUUUAUCACGUGAUGUCUGCUGGAAGAUGAUGAAGCAAAGAGCAGUUGGUCCUGAUGAUGACCAAACUGGCCUAGAAAAAAUUGGUAUGCAAAUUGUAGACAAGUGCGGGGGUUUACCACUCGUGGUAAAUGCUCUUGGACAAGUAAUGUCGGAGAUACGGACAGUCAAGGCAUGGGAAGAUAUCAGAGACACCAAGAUCUAUUUAGGUCCAACAGAUCAAAAGGACACAUUAGAGUGCCUCAUGCUGAGCUAUUACCAUAUGAAGUUGGACUUCAAGAUGUGUUUCACAUAUUUGGCUGUGUUCCCCAAGGGCUACAUUAUGAACAGCGGUCAUCUAAUUCAGCAGUGGAAAGCUCUUGGAUAUAUUCAUGGAACUAAAGAUGGUCAAAGGUGCAUCAACUAUCUUCUUGGGAUGUCCUUUCUUCACAUUUCAGGGUCAUCUUUGGUUCGUCAUCUCAAUGACAUGGCUUCACAGGAUCUCAGCAUGCAUGAUUUGGUUCAUGAUCUUGCAUCACUAAUUAUUGCCAAUGAAUCCCUUGUUCUGGAUUGUACUGACAAAAGGAAGUGGAAAAAAACACGUUAUUGCCGACAUGCACAGUUGAUCAACUGCAAGAAUAAAUGCAAGGUUUUUAAAGAUCUGCCGAGCAAGAUUAGGUCACUGCAUUUUAGGGAUUCAGGAAACGUGCAGCUCAAGGCAAAAGCAUUUUCUCAGUCCAAGUAUAUACGUGUCUUGGAUUUAAGUGGAUGUUCAGUUGAAGGGCAACCUACUCCGAGCAGCAUAGUGUUGCCAACUUCAAUUCAGCAACUAAAGCUACUUAGGUACCUUGACGUCACAGGCUUGCCAAUUACAUCACUUCCAAACACUUUCCAUACACUUCGAAAUAUGCAAACUCUGAUUCUGUCCAAUUGCUCACUUGAAACCUUGCCCGAAAAUAUUUCAAGAUUCAAGAAACUUUGCUAUUUGGACCUAUCUAGCAAUAUAAACCUUAAAAAGCUCCCAACAUCAUUGGGGGAACUUUCCGACCUCUCCUUCCUUAACAUAUCAGGGUGCUUCCUACUCCAAGAGUUGCCUGAAUCAAUAUGUGAGCUUGCAAAUUUGUGGCACCUAGACAUGUCGAAGUGUUGUGCUCUUGAAAAACUCCCUGAUAAAUUUGGUAGCCUCCAUAAGCUCAUAUUCCUAAACCUAUCUUAUUGCUGCAAGCUAACCAAACUACCUACUAAUGUUAGCCUCGAGUCUUUAGAGCAUAUGAACCUAUCAAGUUGCCAUGAGCUAGAAAACUUGCCAGAAGUUUUCGGGAAUCUUUCAAAGCUUUGCUACUUGAAUCUAUCUGGUUGCUACAAGAUUGGCAUGCUGCCAGAAUCAUUCUGCCAGCUUGAGUAUUUGAAAGACUUAGAUGUUUCAGAUUGCCAUAACCUUACGGAACUUCCUAGUUGUUUUGGUAACCUUUCUGAGCUUGAGUCUUUGAACCUAACAAGUUGUCCGAAGCUACAACGGUUGCCCGAGUCAUUUCAUAAGCUAAUUAAACUGAAGCAUCUCAACUUGUCACAUUGUACAAGCCUCAAAAGGCUACCCUCUCUGUUUGCUGACCUUAACCUUCAAAUAUUGGACAUCAGUUGUGCUGCCCUGGAAGAUUUGCCAGAUAGCAUUUGUUAUAUGACUAGUCUCACCCAACUUCUGGUCAUGUCCGGACAUCCUAAGGUGGUUGAAAAAGCUAAAGCCGUUAGGAAGAGUCUAAAUUUUCCAGGCAUUGUUUUACACACUGUACAUGAGAUGGACAGCGAAAGAUUUAGCAGUAUUCUCGACCUUGCUCAGUUGACUUGCAAUGAGUUAUCAAUCCUUCAUCUUGAGAAUGUCAAACAUCCAGAUGAUGGAAAAAGAGCUAACCUGCGUGACAAAUCGGAACUUCAACUGCUAGGUCUUAGCUGGGAUCUCAAAGGCCAUGACCUACCAGAGAUGGAGAAUGAUGCACAGGAGGGGAAGUGUGUUCUAGAGAGCCUUGUACCACCUCGGACACUUGAAAACUUCGUGUUAGAUGGGUAUAUGAGCAAGGAAUUCCCUAACUGGAUGUCUCACAUCUCGUACUACCUUCCUUCUCUUACCUACCUCAGUCUUUCUGAUCUAGGAACAUGUGAGAAUCUUCCUCCAUUUGGGCAACUGCCGAAUUUAAGAAGCAUAUGUAUGCAUAACAUUCCAAACAUCAAGAAAAUCGGCCAUGAAUUCUAUGGCGAGGGUGGAACUUGCAGGAAAUUAAGAGAGAUAAAGUUGGAGUCGAUGGAGAAUUUGGAAGAAUGGUGGACAACAACGUCAGGUGAAGAAAGUGAAAAUUUCUGUAUUCCUGAUAUACUAAAGUUGCAACUAAAGGACUGUCCAAAGUUGAAAUUCCUUCCUUAUCCCCCAAGAAGUAUGAGAUGGCUAUUGGAUAAUAGUGACGAGGUGUUGCCCGAACAUGGAUUUGGGAGCCUUUCGUCUGCUAUUUUUCCUUUUGCCAUGAAGAUAGAGAACUGCAAUUUCUCUCCAGCCGAGUGGGAUAGACUUCAGCAUCUUUCCACCCUUGUGUGGCUUCAAGUUUCCUCCUGCCGUGUCUCAAGGGGCUUGACGGAUGUCAUCGGCUGCUUCUCUUCUCUAAGAGGGUUAAAAUUGAGUUUCUUAAAGGACCUAGAGACAUUGCCAGAGUGGUUGGGGCACUUCAAAUCUCUAGAAGUUGUUCACAUUCACGACUGUUGCAAAGUAACAUUUUUGCCUGAAACUAUGAAGAACCUCACCACUCUCAAACACCUGAUUUUGGGAACCUGCCAAGUCCUAAAUGCAUUACCAGAAUGGUUAGGCCACCUGACUUCCCUAGAAACAAUCAUCAUCGCUGAGUGCGGCAGUCUGGCAACAUGUUUGCCUGAAAGUAUGAAGAACCUCAUUGCUCUAAAAAAACUCAUGUUGUCUGGUUGCAAAGAAGUAGAAAUAUUGCCAGAAUGGUUGGGACAGCUCCUUUCCCUACGAGAGAUCUACUUCUCUCGCAACCCCAAGGUUACAUCUUUGCCUGAGAGCAUACAGAACCUCACCGCCUUGAUGGAGCUGCGAAUUAGGAACUGUCCAAGACUGAUUAGCAGGUGCCAAGGUGAGGAUGCCUACAAGAUUUCUCACAUCCCAACAGUGAUACUGGAUAACAAGAGAUAUAUGGGCGGCAUUGGAGAGCGUAGCUUUGGAGAGCAUAGCUUUGGCUUGUCUUGCCUUAUAAGCCCAAGUCGUCCCCUGAACAGCUUCGUUCUCGACCGCUUUGCCCAUCAGGCAUCUUAAGUCUUAACCAGGGUAGAGAUUUUGAUGACUAAUGUUGGUCCCGCCGUGGGAAGGCAGCCAAAGUACCAACGGCACCACCGAGCCGCCGUCGCCGUCCCCAACGCCUGCGUGGGCAUCCUACUGCGAUCGGGCGGCCCUUCCCGGACCUUGAAGCUGCCACUGGCAUACAGUAUCACCAGGGAAGGAAUAUUCCGAUGACCUCCGUGGAGCUGGUGGUGCCGGGGCCAAAACCGUUAGAGCUGUGCUGCAGGGGAGGGUUCCCGAUCGACAGCCGGUGAGCUUCGACCUGUCGCGCACGAACUUGGAGCUGGCGCCAUGGGGAACUGGACGCUGUUCGACGACAACUAAAUGUGCAGGUGGACAGGGCUUUGUGCGUGGGGAUCAUGCCAAUGGGGCCCGCCGGGCCGGCGGCGGUGAUCGGCGCGAAGCAGCUGGAGAACAACCUGCUGGUGUUCGACAAGGACAAGCAAAGGCUCGGGUUCAACAUGAUGCUGGGCUUGGCCUUGUCCAGUUGUACAAGCUCCAGGUUCUUCAGAAACUAGACAACACAACUCAGCAGGCGGCUCCAUAUCCAAGGCAGGCGUUGUACCGCUAUGCAGUGCACAGUAGAAUACGUUCUUGUGAGCGUCUCAAUAAAAACCUACUCUUGUAUCCAAACUCUCGUUCAGAAAAAUGUUAGAAUUAUGUCGAAUAUUUAUACAAGUUAGAUUACAAUUGGACUUGGAUUUAAACUAUGUAUAGACAGGAUUGAAAUCAGGAUACCUGUAUCCCUAGACCUCUUAUAUAAGGAAGUAGACACACGAUGUAACAUAUGCUAACAUAAUAGCACACACAUAGCGGGAGCCGGCGGCAUGUGCCUGCGCCCGAGCAGCCGAGGUGUGGUAUUGUUAUGGUGUCACGGAGAGGAGCACCCAUA